GGGCUCUCUGGACCAUCAUCAUCCAGGCUGAGGUUCGCUGGUUCGCGUCUGUACAAGGGAUGCGCUGGGUCUCUGCGUUGUUGCUUUCUACGACUUUGCUCGGUGCAGCCGCGAACCCAUUCGUGGGUUCAGACGCAGUGGUAGGUGUUGACAAUGUCGGACCUCAACAUAUUCUGGCUUGGCCUGGGGUUGAACAUCCCGCAGCCAACUCUGUAGAAGAGCAUCGGCAAGAGGAGUUCCGAAGCACGAUUACCAGUGUUGAUGGUGUAGUGUACCAGCAGUUUGCGCACCCUGCGUUCUCGGAUCAUCGCUUGAGGGUUACUAGUCCUGAGAUAUGUGACCCCACCGUGAAACAGUACUCGGGAUAUCUUGAUAUCUCAGACACUCGUCACCUCUUCUUCUGGUUCUUCGAAGCACGGAAGAAUCCGGACUCGGCACCUCUCAUGAUGUGGCUCAAUGGCGGGCCUGGAUGUAGCUCCACGACAGGUCUACUCUUCGAAAACGGCCCCUGCGCUGUCACUUCUCCAAAUACGACCGAGUGGAACCCGUACUCAUGGACUAACGUUGCGAACAUGAUCUUCCUUGACGAGCCCAUCGGUACCGGUUACUCCUACGCCUCCGACCACUCCAAGGUCGACACGCUUGCGGACCUUGCUGUCGACGUCUACGCUUUCCUCCAAUUGUUCGUGUCCAGCUUCCCCCAAUACGCCGAAAAACCAUUCCAUCUCGCUGCGGAGAGCUGGGGCGGGCAUUAUGGACCAAACAUCGCGAGCUACGUACAUAAGAUGAACAAGCGCCGCAUAUACGCUCCGUUCCCAGGACAGAGGCAUAUCAAUUUUGCCAGCUUGAUCUUGGCGAAUGGCUUGACAGAACCAGCGACGCAGUUCGAGAGCGUACCGGAAUACCUAUGCGACAAGUCGCCGUACCCGCCGUUCGAAAAGGACUCAGUGACAUGUCGCAUGUUGAGAGCCGAAGCCCCGAUUUGCGAGAGGAUGAUCGAGAGCUGUUAUCGAUUUGAGAGCUUGGCGACAUGCGUGUCCGCGACCAGGUACUGCUGGGCACGCGUCCUGGGUGUUGGGGGUAACAUCCACUACAACCCAUACGACAUUCGGAUCCCAUGCGUGGACCCCGACGGGGUGUGCUACGAGGAAAUGGGGUGGAUUACAUCCUGGAUGAACAAACCCGACGUGAAAAGGGCGCUGGGCGUGGAUCACAGUCCGAUUGACUUCCUAGCGUGUAACAUGACGACCAACGCGGGGUUCUACACACAGGGUCAAGCGAUGCACAACAGCGCGGCGCUUCUGCCUGAGCUUGUGGAGGCCGGUAUACGCCUGAUGUCCUUUGCCGGGAAUACCGAUAGUGUCUGCAAUCACAUUGGCAUUGAGAACUGGAUGCUCAAGCUCGAGCACAAGCACCACGAGGAGUUCUUGAGCGCGCCGUUCCUCCCGUUCAUCACAGACGUGACGGGGGACGUCGGAGGCAAGGUGCGCACGGCGGGCGGGUCAGGUGCAGGAAACGUCACCUACGUCCAGAUUGUCGAUGGCGGACACAUGGCCCCACACGACCAACCGGAGGCCACAUUGGACAUGAUCACCAGAUGGGUGAGAAAUAUCCCAUUCGAUGUGAUCGGAUGACAGGAAUGGAGGUCCGGUUGCCAGUUGGACCCAGCGGAGGCCGAGAAGCCUCCGCGGGCCGUCCGACCCAGCGGAGGCCGAGAAGCCUCCGCGGGCCGUCCGUUCACCCUUGUAGUAUAGCCCCCAGACAACCCCCACUCAACAGAGACUGUAGUUUCAAC